AUGAGCGACCCGGUGAUGGCGGCGGACGGGCAUGCUUACGAGCGGACGGCGAUCGAGCGCUGGCUCGCGACCAAGUCGACGAGCCCGAUGACUGGCGGCGAGCUUGAGCACAUGGAUGGGCCUCUCCCCGCACCACAUGCUGCGCCGGAUGCAUCCAGGAAGCAGGUUGUGCGGCGUUUUAUGGGGGUCGCGCCGUCCGGCGCGCGCGCCAAGAUCGCCGCCUGGAUCGUCGGCGGCUCACCGCUGUACACCGAGGUCAUCGCACGGCAAGGCUUUGACGCCGUCGUGGUGGACCAGCAGCACGGCACCGGCGAGGUGGUGCCGCUGCUGCAGGCGAUCGACGCCGCGCGCGACGCGGCAGGUAACGCGCCGCUCGCCGUCGUCCGCAUCGAAGAGCUCUCCGACGGCGCGAUCGCCAAGGCGCUCGACGCCGGCGCCGCCGCCCUCAUCUGCCCGAUGAUCAACUCGGUGGAGGAGUGCGAGGCCUUUGUGCGAGCGACCAAAUUCCCACCCGCCGGGCACCGGUCGUACGGCCCACACCGCGCAGCGCUGGGGUGGGAGGGCAGCCGGGGCGACUGGACUCGGGCGUCGAACACGUGCGUGCAGAGCGCGCUCGAGGACCUGGACGCGAUCCUGAGCGUGGACGGGCUCAGCGGCAUCUUCGUCGGGCCUAACGACUUGGGCCUUGCGCUCGGCCACGACCCGACCGACUCGCCCGAGGGAGAGGUGCUGGAGGCGGCGGCCAUCUUUUGCGCCGACCCCGCCACCGCGCGCCGCAUGGCCGACGAGGGUUUCGACCUCGUCGUCGCCGGGAUCGACCUGGGAUGGGCUGCGAGCGGCGCGGCCAGCGCUCUCGCGGGAGUAAGGGGCGCGUCCUAA